GCCAAUACAUCAUCCUCAGCUGCAGUCGGCGACACAAGUUCAAUAGGUGCCUAUGACUCCCUAAAUAGUUGCAGAGGAAUUCUAAACUCACUGAUUCACGAAGACGGUCCAUCAAGUCCUGGGAGCCUCAGUUCUUUUCCCAGCUCAAGUCGAAAAGAACUGAUGAUGCGCACUCAGGCAGAAAAUCUGGUUCGAAAUGUCCUCUUGCAUCAAAUUAGCAAUGCUCUUGAAGAGAGUGAGGCACAUUUCAAUCGUCCAUCUUAUUUCUCACCACGACGAAAAACCCUUGUGGGCUUGGAAAGUGAGAGGAAUGUUUUGAGAGGAUUAUUAGGUGGAAAUUACAGAAAACAGGUUUCCUUUGAGGGCCGUAAAGAAAGAGGGAAAAGCCUUGAGUAA